UCAUUUCAUCACAAACAAAACAAAACAAAACAAAACCCUAUUUUCCUUCACAUUCUCGUUGUUUCUCAUCGUUUCCGGGAAAAUGAGAGAAAUCCUUCACAUCCAGGGUGGCCAGUGCGGCAACCAGAUCGGUGCCAAAUUCUGGGAGGUGAUCUGCGACGAGCACGGGAUCGACCACACAGGGAAGUACAGUGGAGAUUCAGAACUCCAGCUUGAACGCAUCAAUGUGUAUUACAACGAGGCCAGCGGCGGAAGGUACGUUCCACGCGCCGUCCUCAUGGAUCUGGAGCCCGGCACGAUGGACUCCGUCAGAUCCGGUCCCUUCGGCCAGAUCUUCCGCCCUGACAACUUCGUCUUCGGCCAGUCCGGCGCCGGAAACAACUGGGCCAAAGGCCAUUACACCGAAGGCGCCGAACUCAUCGAUUCCGUCCUCGACGUUGUUAGGAAGGAGGCCGAGAAUUGUGAUUGCUUGCAAGGAUUUCAAGUGUGCCAUUCCUUGGGGGGUGGGACUGGUUCGGGGAUGGGAACACUUCUCAUCUCGAAGAUUCGGGAAGAGUAUCCAGAUCGUAUGAUGUUGACGUUUUCUGUGUUUCCUUCCCCUAAGGUAUCUGACACUGUUGUGGAACCAUACAAUGCCACACUUUCUGUGCACCAGCUUGUUGAAAAUGCUGAUGAAUGCAUGGUCUUGGACAAUGAGGCUCUUUAUGAUAUUUGCUUCCGCACUUUGAAGCUUGCUACACCAACUUUUGGUGACCUUAACCACCUCAUUUCUGCCACCAUGAGUGGAGUUACUUGUUGUCUACGUUUCCCUGGACAGCUGAACUCUGAUCUUCGUAAGCUGGCUGUCAAUCUUAUCCCAUUCCCGCGGCUCCAUUUCUUUAUGGUUGGGUUUGCACCCUUAACAUCAAGAGGAUCCCAGCAGUACCGUGCAUUGACCGUGCCUGAAUUGACUCAGCAGAUGUGGGAUGCCAAGAAUAUGAUGUGUGCUGCAGAUCCACGUCAUGGUCGUUAUUUGACUGCUUCAGCUAUGUUCCGCGGUAAGAUGAGCACGAAGGAGGUAGAUGAGCAGAUGAUCAAUGUGCAAAACAAGAACUCUUCAUACUUUGUUGAGUGGAUACCUAAUAAUGUCAAGUCCAGCGUGUGUGAUAUCCCACCUAAGGGUCUUAAGAUGGCAUCCACUUUCAUUGGUAAUUCAACUUCAAUCCAGGAGAUGUUCAGGAGGGUUAGUGAGCAGUUCACAGCUAUGUUCAGGCGCAAGGCUUUCUUGCACUGGUACACUGGUGAGGGAAUGGACGAAAUGGAAUUCACUGAGGCUGAGAGUAACAUGAAUGAUCUGGUUGCCGAGUACCAGCAAUACCAGGAUGCUACUGCUGACGAGGAAGAGUAUGAGGAGGAAGAAGAGGAGCUUGCUGCUUAAGGGCAUCUCAGCGAUUUGUCAAAAUUGUUUAAAAAAAAAUCAAUAUGUUUGGAUUUCAGCAAGUGGUAUAAUUUUAAAUUGUGGAGCAGUCAAAUUAGAUUGACUCGUUAAUGUGUAUGCUUAUGUAUUGAUUGAUUGUUGUCAGUGUAUAAACUGGGUUUUGUUGACAAUUCUUCUGUUCUUGAGAUAAGUCUUGGAUGAUUGUAAUGGUUAAAUAAUUAUAUACAUC